AUGGCUCGCUUCAACACAAUCAAUGCAUCGUUCUUCGGGUUGUUUACAUUAUUGGGAAGCUUCCUGUACUCGAACAGAGGGAGUCUCAUGACUUUGUAUGCAAACCGUCCUGGAUCUUUGAAAGAAUACAACAUCCUGCCAUCAGCUGGCGUGGAGUUCGAGGACAUCGUUCGCAGCUGCGAGGACGUAUAUAUGAACACCGACGAGGGCUGGGCAAUCCUCAGCUGUGAUCCAGGUAGAGGAUCUUGGAACACGGUUAUGGGCACAUUCAUCGACUCGUCCGCCCAUCCGGACGCGGGACUAUAUAUCUACCACUACCAGGACCAAGUCAAUGCCGUGCCCAUAAAGCUCACAUUCUCCAAUUUUGCAUCAGGCGAACGAAACUUCCACCCGCUCGGUAUCGAGUACGUCCCGCAAAGUAGGACUCUUUACGUGGUGAACCAUGCCCCCAACGGCCCUCGUAUCGAAAGCUUUCGGAUCACGGUGGAUCACCAGGAGGCUCUCCAUAUAGGUACAAUAGAGCAUCCGGAGCUUCGGACACCGAAUUCCAUAGCAGCUUUGAGUCCUAGUAGCCUGCUUGUUACCAACGACCACUACUUCGAGAUACGGAAGUCUCGCGUGCUCGCUAAACUCGAAACCUAUCUUGCUCUUCCACUAGCGAGUGUCGUUCGGCUCGACCUUGAUAUUAGCAGGAAGGCAGGACCACCGAAGGUUACACAGCUGGCUCGCCUAGCAUUCGCGAAUGGCGUUGCACUACUGAAUGCCACGACUGUAGCCGUGUCCAGCAGUGCCGGUGCCGCAGUACAUGUGUACACAUCGCCAAGCCGAUUCAUGAAGGACGCAGACGACAUCAAACUGGUUAACACCAUUCGUCUGCCUUUCCUCCCGGACAAUCUGAGCGUGGACUCCAAUUGUGCGCUUCUCAUAGCCGGGGCUCCAUAUGCGCCAGCCCUCGAGGCUGUCUCGAAAGCCAGCGCAGAAUUCGACAAGCCUGAUGCGGUGCAGGCUGAUCGUCCAAAGGCGCCCAGCUGGAUCGCUGAGUGGACCGAGAAGGAUGGCUUGAAAGAUCUCUUCGUGGGUAACGACUUUAGCACGUCUACUACUGCUGUGAGAGACUCUGGCAGAGGUAUAGGUUUAGCUGUUGGCUUAUACGAACGAGGGAUCAUGACAUGGGGAGACGGCACAGCUGCUUGA